AUGGAGGAUUUGAGGUGGUGGAGAGUGAGAUUAGAGUUUGGAUUUUGGAAAAUUAGGGCUCCAGAGGGGAUUUGGAGAUUUGGUGAUUGCACGAAAAUCUGGAAAUUGCGAGAUAAUGAGUGCAUAAUUGUUGAACUGAAAGUUGAAUCGAGCCUAUUGUCUUUCAUGGAUUGGAAGGAGAAGAAAACACAGAGCGAGGAGAUUCCGGUGGUCGACGAUGCCGGCUUGGGGUGGAACUCGUCGCUGGGGCUCGCCGUCGAUAGGCUGAGAAAUCGGGUAGUGGUCAUAGCCGAUGUGAUUGGGAAUAAGUACAGCGCCAUGGAGGCCUACGAUUUGACCAUGUGGUAUUAA